AUGACAGAUAGAAUAAGAGCAAAUUCCUCACCUGAUAAUAGUGAGGUAGAAGACUCAGCUGACUUCGUGAGCUUCUUUCCAGCAUUUGUGUGGACUCUGAGAGAUUUUCCCCUGGAACUGGAAGCAAAUGGACAACCUAUCAGUGCUGAUGAGUACCUAGAGCUUUCGCUGAAGCUAAAACAAGGUACAGAUCAAAAAAGUAAAGACUUUAAUGAGCUUCGGUUAUGCAUCCGAAAGUUCUUUCCAAAGAGGAAGUGCUUCAUCUUCGACCGGCCCGCUCCAAGGAAGUACCUUGUCCACCUGGAGCAGCUAAAGGAGGAAGAUCUGAACCCUGAAUUCAUCGAACAAACUAAAGAAUUCUAUUCCUACAUCCUCAGCCACUCCAAUGCCAAGACCCUCCCAGGUGGCAUCACAGUCAAUGGGCCUCGUCUGAAGUGCCUGGUGCUGACCUAUGUCAAUGCCAUCAGCAGUGGGGAGCUGCCCCGCAUGGAGAACGCAGUCCUGGCCUUGGUGCAGAUAGAGAACUCGGCUGCAGUGCAAAAGGCCAUUGCCCACUAUGACCAGCAGAUGAGCCAGAAGGUACAGCUGCCCACACACACCUUCCACGAGCUGCUGGACCUGCACAGGGCCAGUGAGAGAGAGGCCAUUGAAGUCUUCAUGAAGAACUCUUUGAAGGAUGUUGACCAGAAGUUCCAGAAAAAAUUGAAGGCUCAGCUGAAAGAAAAACAAGAUGACUUUUUUAAGCAGAACGUGAAAGCAUCAUCAGAUUAUUGCAUGGCUUUACUUCAGGAGAUUUUUGGUCCUCUAGAAGAUGAUGUGAAGCGGGGUUUAUUUUCUAAGCCAGGAGGUUACCGUCUCUUUAUUCAGAGGAAACAGGAGCUGGAGAAGAAGUACCACCAGGCACCCAGAAAAGGGAUCCAGGUAAAGUAUGUAGUGGGGACCAUUUCUGGGGACUUGCUGAGGAGAUUCUCUCAAACCCCACUGGGCACAAGGAAAAUGGCACUGUGA